AUGGCCCACCGCAUAAUAACGCAAGUGGUGAUAACGGGGUCGCGCGUCUUCGGGCGCGCCGUAACCGAAGCGUGGAAGCAAGCCCAAGCGUCGCAAAAAUACGCGCAAGCAGCGGGCAAAGCCGGGGGAGCGGCCGCGCUGUCAACGGGGCUCACGCUCGACGAAGCCUGCAAGAUCCUGAACGUCGCGCCGCCCAAGGGCGGAAAAACGGACAUCGAGAACGUGACGGAGCGCUUCAAGAAGCUGUUUGAUCUCAACGACCCCAAGAAUGGCGGCAGCUUUUAUCUGCAGAGCAAGAUUCUACGCGCGAGGGAGCGCAUUGAGAUGGAGGUCAGGACGGCGGAGCAGGUUGCGGAGCGCGAGAAGGAGCUGGAGGAGGGGUGGAAGCCCAAGGUUUAUAAGGACCGGUGA